AUGUCACUCCUAAUUGUAGCCAUUUUUGUUUCAAUAUCGAGUUGUGUUUGUCGAAAUUUUACCGAGUUACCACAUAUUGUAUCGGUAGUGGACGGUGACGAUCCAAAUUUUAAAGAGGAAAUACGUUUCGAUCAGCCCAUCAACGUUACUUUGGAAAGAAUUACGGAACCCAUGAGACACGUAUUUGGUGAAAUGUACCCAAAUGGUCAAAAGAACGAAAAUGGUGGUAACGAUCAUUACAAAAGAAGUGACGAUAAUUUCAAACCAAGUCCAAGAGAUUUUAGACCAAGCCCACAGUUGGAUACCAAUUUUGAAUUUAACGAGCAACCUGUGGUACCAGCUAUAGGGGAACCCCGAAAAGCACCAUAUAUUUUACAACCUGCCGAGCCAAUUAAAUCCAGCCCAAGUUGGAGAUUCCCGGAAAGAAACGCACAACUACCUUCUGCAACUUUUAAUUCUUUUGAUAAAAAAUCAUCAACAUCUGAUGAUGUUGCGUCGUAUCCCACCGAAACGUCACAUAUACGUACAAGUGCAAGUCACCCUUACAAUUUCGUGUCUGACCAUCAGUACGAAGGUCAAGGGGAAGGACACGUUUAUGAAAUACGUACUACAACGGAGAACAGCUUUUAUCAUAAACCUGUUGGAUCUCAAGUUAAGGAAGAAGUCUAUGAGGUUCGAGAAUUGGGAAAAUACGGAAAUGUCCCAUCAAGAGGACUGCAUUAUCCAAAAGAAGAACUAUAUGAAGUUGCAAACUAUGACGCCUAUGAUAGACCACCUGCUAUUUCAAAGACAUAUUAUGAUCAUCCGCAUUAUCCGCCUCAAAGGGAAUAUCCAAAUUACAAGUAUUUAUUUUUGAAGAAAGCCGUAAAAUUUUUGGCCGCUGUUAUUCCAAUAGGAUUACUGAUAAGUGCCUUAUCACCUGCUGUAGUUAAUGUUACGCCAAUUAACAACAACAGCAACAACAACACAUCGAUGACAGAAACUAUGACAAUGGACACCAGGCGAAGAACUCAAAAACUCUUGGAAGAUAUCAACAACGUAUCAAGUCCGUAUGAUUUGGAUAAAAUUGUACAGAAAGAGUGCGAAGAACGAAUUAUUUGCGAACUAAUUGUUGGGGCCCAAAUGUCUGAAUAUGGUAUUCAAAAUGUCGAAAGAUUAUUCACGGCGUUUAUAGAACAGUAA